UGGAUUUAUACGAAGAAGAAGAAAAUUAGAGAACGGAAAAUGAAAAUCUGUUUUUCCCAUUUUCAAACCUGAAUCAGCAUAGAGAAAAGUCUGGUUUUCCCAUUUUUCAAACCUAAGUCGGGGUAUUAUUUCUUUCAUUCUUAAUUCUAGCAUCCUGAGACUAUGGCUAUUAACAGUCUACUUUCAAAGACCAAAAUAACAUAGCAGCCAGGUUAGCUAGAGGUUGCGGUAAAACUUGAGCUGUGUAAUUUGGUCGUAUUGGGCCGUCAGUAGAACAGUUCAUAACUCUCGUCUGGUUAUAAAUACACAAUCCUCCUCACCUUUUAAGAACCUCUCACCUCCUCUCCUCUCUCUCUCUCUCUCUCAGCUCUCUGCACAUUGCUGGGAGCCUGGAACUGGAGGACGCCACCACCCACCACAACUUCACAUUUCACCCCACCAUUUUCCUCCAUCCUCUCCAGCUAUCUGCAGAGCUCAAAUGGCUCCACUAACACCCUUCUCCCUUUCUCUAUUAACCCUCCUCUUUCUUUCAACACCAGGAGUGUUCUCAACAACAUUCACAAUGGUAAACAAAUGCGACUACACAGUCUGGCCGGGCAUUCUCUCCAACGCCGGAGUUCCGCCGCUUCCGACCACCGGCUUCGCUCUUGAAAAGGGCGAGGCCAAGACCCUAACCGCCCCCGCCUCCUGGGGAGGCCGCUUCUGGGGCCGAACCCUCUGCUCCCACGACUCCACCGGAAAAUUCUCCUGCGUCACAGGCGAUUGCGGCUCCGGGAAACUCGAAUGUUCCGGAAGUGGGGCCACCCCUCCCGCGACUCUCGCCGAGUUCACCUUAGACGGUGACGCAGGCCUCGACUUUUUCGACGUCAGCCUCGUCGACGGCUACAACCUCCCCAUGCUGGUGGUUCCUCAGGGUGGGACCGGCACCAACUGCACCAACACGGGCUGCGUCGUGGACCUCAAUGGCCUCUGUCCGUCGGAGCUCAAAUUGACGACGAGCGAGGAAGGGAGCGUCGCGUGCAAGAGCGCGUGCGAGGCUUUCCAGCAGCCGCAGUACUGUUGCAGCGGCGCGUACGCAACACCCGACACGUGCAAGCCGUCGUCCUACUCUCAGGUGUUCAAGAACGCAUGCCCUACGGCCUACAGUUAUGCAUACGACGAUAAGACCAGCACGUUCACAUGUGCCAAUGCCGAUUACACCAUCACCUUCUGUCCCUCUCCUAACACCAGUCAGAAAGCUUCACAAGGCCAAACCACGCAGCCAGCUCAGACCAGCAACUCGCCGGAGAUAAACAGCACGAUGGUUUACGAAGGCGCCGGUGACGACGGACUCGAUACAUCGUCGUCGUCCGCCACCGUACACGUGUUCGCAUCACAUGCAACCGCGGGUGUGGUCAGCGUCACGGUGGCUGUUUGGCGAUUGUGGCAGCACCUCUUCUAACUUCCAGCCAUCGAACUUCUGGGAGGUGGGCCCCCGAAACACAGUGUCUAGGCCUUUUCUGGGCAUGGGCCAUGCAUAUAUCGGGUCCCACAUUUGUGCCCGGCUGACGCGGAUUCGAGUCACGGGAGAUGGGUUAAGCCCACCCAACUGCCAGCUACUUAUACGACGCUAUCUACUGAGGCAGAUGGGAUGUCGUUCUCUGCCCCCCUCUAGAAACAUUCACUGAAAUUUGGAGCCAAAGCCUAGGUUAGCGGUUAGGUCGAGUAUUAGGUCGAGUCUAUAUCUAUUCUUUAUUUAUUUACAUUUGGAUGACAAAUAAACUUUUACCUUAAAUGGAUUAAUGGAUGAUCAGAAUUCAUUUUUA